CUUUUUUUUUUUUUUUUUCUUUUUUAAAUUUUUAAGUGAAUUAAAAUGUUAUCUUGACAAAAUUUUAAUUAAAUAAAUAUUUUUUUUUUUUUUAUAAUCUGCUUCAGAGAGCAUAGAAGAAGUAAAUCAUCAUGCAAUUUCGUGGAGAGACAAGCUUCAAGCUUUUCUGAUUGAUGUCAGAAAAAAUGGAGCUCGGUCAGUCCAUUUUGAUCCAGAACUUAAAUUCUUUCCAACAAUAAUAACAACUCCAAAAAACGCUAAACUUUCUGCAUUAUACAAAGAACAAGGAGAUGUAUAUUAUCAAGAAGGAGAAUAUAUGAUGGCUCACAAAAGAUACACACAAUGUAUUACUCAUGCUCCUGCUGGAAGUGAUUACCUUUCACUUGGUUAUGGUUAUCGGGGAAUUGCAUUAUAUUUCGGUAAUUAUAUGAGUGAUUGUCUGCUUGAUCUUGAACGAGCAUUAAACAAUGGUUGUCCUGAUGGAUUAAAAUCAGAAUUCUUCACGUGGAAAGCAGCUGCCAUGCAAGAACUUGGAAUGAAAAAAUCAUUAAUCAAAAGAGCUCUUUUACAAGCUCAUCAAUGGAUUCCAAAUAUUCAUGAUUAUGAAGAAAAGAUAAGAAUAGAAAGAAGACUAGAAACAAUGAAAUUGUGGAAAACCGACAAGUUGAAGUGUUAUAGUCUUGAUUUUGAAGAUGCUGCAUUACCACCUUUAAAGUCAAAAAAUCGUAUGGUACCUGGAUUAUCCAAGUCAGUUGAAUUGAAAUGUUCGCUAAAAUAUGGAAGACAUGUUGUUGCGACUCGAGAUAUUGGAGCUGGUGAUAUUAUUGGCAUUCAAAAGCCAUACGCCAGUGUUGUCAAGAUGAAUAUGAGGUACAAUAUAUGCUGGCAUUGUAAAAAACAAACUUGGGCUAGUGUAGCAUGUAAUAGUUGUAGCCAAGUUGUAUUUUGCUCAGAUGAUUGUAAAAAACAAGCACAAGAUAAUUAUCAUGAUAUUGAGUGUCGUGUUUUGAGCCAAAUAAUGGCUUUUGGUGUGUGUGAAUACGUUUAUGUUGCAUUAAGACUUGUCAUCAUGGCAUUUAAACAAUCCAAAAAUUCAUUUGUUCAAUUAAAGGAAACUACCGAUAAAAUUGAUAAAUCAGAAGAUGUACUCACGUGGGGUUUCAUCAAAGGCAAACUUGAUCCAACAAAAUUUGAAAGUGUUUAUGGUUUGUGUGAUCCAUCAUCACCAUCAACAAUGGCAGAUCAACGAUAUUCUACAUUUGAGGAUGCUAUUAUAAUGUCAUAUUAUCUUGGUCAGAGAAUUAAACUUUUUCAAGAGGAUCGUCCAAUUGAGUUAUUGCCUUUUGUAAGGAUUCAAAAAGAUUUCGUUUCUAUUGUUGACAGAUUUCUAACACUAGCACAAUUUAAUUCAUUCAAUUAUUCAGUAUUAUCAACUAAUAAAGGUGUACCAAUGGCAUCAUUAAUAGUACCAAGUUUUAGCUUUUUUAAUCACAGUUGUUGUUCAAAUAUAAUACGUACUUAUCGUGAUGGAAAUUUAGCUAUUAUAGCCAUACGCCCAAUUAAAACGGGUGAACAAGUAUUUGAUAAUUAUGGUGCAUAUUGGUUUUUGCAAAGUAGAGAAGAUCGUCAAAAACAAUUACAACGUUUUCAAUUUACAUGUGAUUGUCAAGCUUGUGAAGAAAAUUGGUCAAUACCUGAAGACCUUGAGGCAGUCGAGAUAGUUGAGAAUAAAAGCUUUACUCAUGGUGGUCCAUACAUGAAUAAAGAACUUUUAGGAAUAAUUGAAAAAUAUGUCACAGUCUGUAAAACUGCUUUUAAUUAUAUUCGAGUGAAUAAUGGACAAUUUCCUAGUGCCAAACUUAUUGCUGAUUUUACAAAAUUUCUUAACAAAGAAUAUAAAAAUUAUAAUAAUCAAUCAUAUGAAGUUUUUAAAGUUGGAAGAUACAUUGAGGAAUUGUAUGUGAUAUCACAAAAUAUCUUUUUCUAUUUACCUGGUGAAAUUGGUUAUUCACCACUUGAAUAAGUUUGUAAAUAUUUUUUUUUUUUUUUAAAUUUAAUUUGACGAUGAAAUUUCAAUUCAAUAGACUAUUUUGUAUUGUAUAUUUUCAAGGUCUAAUUUAUACACAUAUUGUAUGUUUUCAUUUUCAAAUUAUUUUCCAUUAAUUUGUAUGAGGAAAACAGCUUUUAAAUUUCUUAAAAUACAAUGUUUUUUUUUUUUUUCUAUUUUAUAAUUGUAAUGAGUAUUUAUAUACAAUUUUAAUUUAUUAUUUUAAUAUUAAUUUUUGACUCGAAAAAAUAUUAUGUUUGAAACACAAUAUUAUUUGAAUUUAAUUAUUUAAUUCAAAAAAAAAUUAAUUAAUAAUGUAAAAUAAAAAUAACAUAAAUUUUUGUAAAAUUAAUUAAGUAUUUGUCUCAAUAAAUAACAAAUUUUUCAAUCAUUAUUUGAAAAUUAACAUAAUAAAAAAAA